AUGGACAAUCUUCCACCGGAAGUGCAGCAUAUUUUGGCGUCCGCCUUCGGCAUUCUUUCGGUCACGCAACUUACUCAGAUGGCCGAUCGUCUUAUGGAGAUGCACGGCUUUUCCAUGCCGUCACUUUCAGCACUCCCAACUCAUCCUACGUCUCCCCUUUCGCAGUUGGAGAUCGAACUCAGCAAACUGGCCGGUGAUAUAGCUUCACUCCAGAAGCAGACAGUCUCUCCCUCAUCUCGGAGCCAACCGAAGCCGUCCAUCCCGCAUCUCCAGUCUUUACAUUCGGCCCGUCCAAACGCAGCUGCCAUCUGCUGGUACCAUACCACCUUUGGUGUUAAAGCUCGUCGCUGCAUCUCUUCCUGCUCCUUCACCCCCAAGCGCAGAAAACGGGUAAAACCGGUCAGCCCGAAGGCCAGUGCAGCCCAUCUUCCCGACAGCUCUAACUCUGGUCCCACCUUCUAUGGUUGCAACACUGCGACUCGCAGUUGUUUCCUGGUGGACGCUGGAGCCAAAAUCAGCGUUGUUCCCCCAACUGCAGCUGAUCGUCGCUUCCUUAGCCCUGGUCUUCACCUCCAAGCCACCAACUGUUCCCUCAUUUCCAGUUUUGGCAGUCUGUCCCUCACCCUGAACAUUGGCCUCUGUCGGUCAUUCACAUGGAUCUUUGUGAUUGCUGAUGUCAGUCAUGCAAUCCUCGGUUCGGACUUUCCUGCCGAGUUCGAUCUCCUUGUCGACUGCCGACGUGUCCGUCUCCUCGACCGCACAGCCGGUCUGUUUGUUCGUGGACUAACUCCCCUUACUGCCCUCACCAACUUAUCUGUCUUAAAAAGGAUAUUGCUAGCCCCUUUCGACAACUGCUUCUUAGUCACCCCAACAUAAUUAAUCCCCAGUUUCGCAAUUGUGAGGUACAACAUGAUAUUGUGCGCCAUAUCCGCACCUCAGGUCUUCCUGCGUUUGCUCGGCCGAGACGAUUAGCACCAGAGCGUUUCCAGGCCGCGAAGGCGGAGUUUGAACACAUGCUGCAACUGGGAAUAAUUCGACCGUCCGAGAGCCCUUGGGCGUCCCCACUGCACAUGGAGCCCAAGGCGAUAUCAGGCGACUGGCGACCCUGGGCGACUAUAGUGCCCUCAACAGCGCUGCCAUUCCUGAUGGGUACCCCCGCCUCAUCUUCAGGACUUUGCUGGAACCCUUUUCGGCAAAGCGGUUUCCUCGAAGAUUAAUCUGGUGCUUGCUUUUCAUCAGAUACCAGUCGCCCCUGAGGACAUCCCUAAAGCCGCCGUCACCACACCCUUCGGUCUCUUCGAGUUCAUCCGCAUGCCGUCCAGUCUUCGUAAGGCCGCCCAAACGUUCCAGAGGCUCAUCAACCAUGUCUUACGUGGUCUACCCUUUGUGUACGCCUAUACUGAUGACCUCUUGGUUGCCAGCCGGAAUGAAGAAGAACACAAACAGCAUCUUGCCUUGGUGUUUGACCGCCUUCACAAGUUUGGCAUUGUCAUCAACCCCUCCAAGUGCGUGUUGGGUGUGCCUCCACUCGAGUUUCUCGGCCAUCAGGUCGGCUGUGAAGGUUUGCGUCCCCUACCCUCCAAGGUUGAAGCAGUUCGUAAUUUCCCUCCACCAAUUUCCAAGCGUCAGUUACAGCGAUUCCUCAGCAUGGUAAAUUUUUACCGCCGGUUCCUACCGAACUGUGCUGACCUCAUGCUGCCGCUCACCAACAUGCCUUCUGGUCCCAAAGGUCCUCUCGAGCUGACUGGUGAAGCACUGACUGCUUUUGAGAGAAUUAAGAAGUCCCUUGUCGACGCCAACUUACUCACUCAUCACGCUCCCGAAGCUCAGCUGCCCCUGAUUGUAGAGGCUUCGAUCGUAGCCGUAGGUGCAGUCCUUCAACAACACCUUGCUGGUCCGACCUAACCACUUGCCUUUUUCGCCAAAAAGCUCUUACCAGCUGAGACACGUAACAGUACCUUUGGCCGUGAACUACUUGCUACUGCUAUUGCUAUGUGAAAUAUUUUGAAAUAUUUAAGAGAAUUAUUACUCGAUUUUUGCAUUCAGAAAAGCUCCCAUAAAUUUUGGGUGUUGAAUCCACCGAACGACUGUACCGUAGCGAUGGCGUUUGUGGUCUCUGAACACUAUGGCCGGUCUCAUUUUGACUAACCCCAACUUCAUGAAAGGAAUAGACGUCUAAUAAUCUCCGAUAACGUGCACCCCCCAUCCCUUCUUGACGGUCGAGAGCUUGUGAAAAGCUCCCACACAUUUUGGCUGCUGAAUCCACUGAUCGGCUCCACCGUAGCGAUUGCGCUUGUGGUCUCUGACCACUAUGGCCGGUCUCACCAGGGACAAUUUCUUUAGCCAAAAGCGACAGCUGCUCUUCGGCGAUUCUGGUUGAACUAACCCUAAAUUCAUGAAAGAAAUUGGCGACUGAUAAUAUCCGAUACCGUGCAACCCCUCCCUUCUUGACGAUCGAAAGCUUGUCGCCGGUAGUUUUUUUUCUCCUGAACCCUCCAAUCCAUAAAACCACCAUCAACUAUAUUUUUAUUCCUUUUCCACGGGAGUUUUUUUCACUACUGGCCGGAUUUGUGUUUAGCGCUUCCCUGACAAUGCCUGUAAACUGGCAUUAAAUAAAAUAAUUGUUAAUUAUUUAUCUGGCUGUGAAGCAUUUCCGGCAUUUCCUUGAAGGUCGUGACUUCACUGUUUUCACUGACCACAAACCUUUGACUUUUGCACUUCGUUCCCACUCCGACAAACACAAUCCGAGGGAAAUCGCCCACCUGGACUACAUCUCCCAAUUCACCACCAAAAUCCGCCACAUUGAUGGCACGAAGAAUGAGGUGGCUGAUAUGCUGUCCAGACCCUCACUGUCUUCCCUCCAACUCUCACACGGGAUCGAUCUGUGCGCCAUGGCGGCUGAGCAACAGCAAGUCAGUUGUCCUGGCGACGAGUCUGUUAGUGUUCUCCAACUCAAAGACGUUUCUCUGACCACCGGCUCUGGUACCAUGCUUUGUGACGUCUCAACUCCCUUUAAUCGCCCUUUCGUUCCCGCCUCGAUGUGUCCAACCGCAUUUCGAACUUUACAUGGACUCUCCCACCCUGGGAUCCGAGCCUCUCAAAAGCUGCUCGCGGAAAGGAUUGUCUGGCCUGGCAUGAACAAGGACGUCAAAGCUUGGUCUCGGUCGUGUCUGAGCUGCCAGCGCAACAAGGUACAGAGUCACAACAAGUCCCCACCAGGCACUUUCCCCAGUCCCGACGCACGGUUCAGCCAUGUGCAGUUAGAUGUCGUAGGUCCCUUGCCUCCACCCAAUGGUUUCACGCACCUUCUUACUUGUGUCGAUCGAUCUACCCGCUGGGCUGAAGCUAUUCGUUUGCCGAAUGUGCAGGGUGAAAACAUCGUGAAGGCCUUCGUGAGUCGUUGGGUCGCUAUGUUCGGUGCCCCAUCCACGGUUACGAAUGAUCGUGGUGCCCAGUUUGAGUCGGCACUCUUCCGAAUUAUAUUCAAUUUCCUUGGCUGCACACGCAUUCGGACGACAGCCUACCACCCAUCUGCCAACGGUAUGGUGGAACGUUUCCAUCGCCAGUUAAAGACCGCCAUUUGUGCCGUAGUAAACCAAGGAAAUUGGUCGGACAACCUUCCUCUGGCACUCCUCGGCAUCCGCGCAGCUCUGAAGUCGGGUCUGGGCUGUAGCGCAGCUGAAUUGGUUUUCGGCACUACCCUCCGACUGCCAGGCGAGAUGAUCACCCCAACCUCUCGUGGGGCCGACGAGACUCCUGACAAUCUUGUGCACCCUUUGCGGCAAUUUAUGCGCUCGUUUUCUCCAAUUCCACCUGGAACUCCAAUGACUGAGUCUUAGGUCGAAAAAGACUUGGACAAGUGUACUCAUGUGUUCGUCCGGUGUGACCGUGUGCGCCAACCGCUGGAAUCACCAUACAAAUGACCGUUCCGCGUACUCGCGCGCAACGCCAAGACCUGCCGGAUUCUUCGCGGUGAUAAGGAGGACGUGUUCAGUAUCUAUCGGGUCAAGGCUGCUGUUGCAGAGGAGUCGCCUGACCUGUCACUAGGACAAAAAUGUGCUGACCCCCUAACCCCCGUUCCUCCAUCUUCCCUAUCCCCUGCUCAUUCACCCUGCCCAUUGCCUCGCCCGUCUCAUCCCUUGCCCUCUACCCCUCCGUCCCGUAUAAUUCCUUUGUCCCCAUGUCCGCAACCCACAACUGCAACUACUCCUUCAUCAACCAACAACACUGUAGCCGCGAGCCAAACUCACUCUACCCUGUGCCCCCUGUAUAUCACCCGUAGUGGACGCCAUGUUCACUUUCCUGACCGUUUGGUUACUCAUGUUUUUUAGACAUCAACAGUCCCUUCGGCAUCGCUACGCGCCGCCUUCGGUCUAGCUGGGGGUGCUGUGGCAGUUCGCGUCUCCUCGCCCUCCGCCUUUGCCACGCUGCUUUCCUGUCCGCGUCACGCUCCCUGUCGAUACGCUGUUGGGGCGCGCGAGGCUUAUCACUAG